GUUACUCUUUUAAUUAUCACUUCCCUUCGUUUUAAACUCGAGAUUUAUGAGCGUCAAAUUUUCAAUGAGGAUACCAUAUACAGGGCCGUAUCUGCUGGAAAUGCUGUCUAUUCCCUUAUUGAUGUACUUAAACAAAAUGUUUAUUCUGGGAAAUCUGACCUUGAAUUCUGGUUAGUGCUAAUGGGUGGUCCGCUCUAA